UGCAUGCACCAGUUCGGUGAUUUCUUACAUAAGUUUUCUACAAAGCAUAUAUGCCACUCCUGUAGCGUAUCUAUACUCAAGCCAGAAACACGCCAUUCAACCGUGGACUGUAACACUGACACAGCUAUAAAAUGACUGCUGACACGUGUUUCGUUUAAGCCUGGGGGUUUCAGCCAGCGUUUGAACGCACCUGUGACUACUCUCCUCAAAUUCCGACAGACUGUUGUUAAAAUGGAUUUUCCUCAACCGAACCUUAACGAAAACAUAACCAAGGGCAGAUUUAAGGGACACGUGGCAGUGGUGACUGGCGGAGCGUCUGGUAUUGGGAAGGAGUGCGUCAGGCGAUUUGCCAACGACGGGGCCUCAGUGGCAUUCUUGGACAUCAACAAAGACGGAGGUCGGAAGUACGAGGCAGAGGCACAGAGUGAGGGACAUGACGUCACGUUUUUUAACGUUGACGUCUGUGAUAGAGAGCUGUGCUUUGCGACACUUGAUACCAUAGCGCAACGGCAUGGCGGCAGCAUUAACUACCUUGUGAACUGUGCUGCCUGUUUUAUUUACAAAGGUCUAGAAGCCGUGAAGGACGAUUGGGAAAGGGUACUGGCAGUUAACGUAGAGGGGUAUGCUAAUAUGGUGCAGGCUUGUCAUCCUCACAUGAAGAAAGCGCCUGCCGGUGACAGGUGCGUCGUCAACAUAGCAAGUGGCAGCGCAUUCGUGACUCAACCUAACAACUGGACCUACCAGUCCUCUAAAGGGGCAGAGGUUGAGAUGUCCAAAUCUAUGGCCCUCAGUCUGGCCAGGUAUGGUAUACGAGUUGUCUCUGUGUCACCUGGAACGAUUUGGACCUCAUUGGUCGCAAAAAUUGUCGACCACGAUAAAGAACUUGCCCAGUCCAUCUGGGGAAAGUCGCCUAUGCUAACUCGGUGUGGAGAGAGUGCCGAGGUAGCGGCCGUAGUCGCGUUUCUCUGCAGCAGGGACGCAGGGUUUAUCACGGGGACAGACGUCAAGGUGGACGGUGGGUAUACGGCUAUUGGACCAGAGGGACACUCGGACGCUGUUGGGCGGAAACAGACACUCCAUUCCAAGAGCAAAUGUUGAUUCGAGGACACGUCACUGAUGUCACGACACGUGCCAAUUAAUAGCUACAAUUUUGAUGGUAUUCACGACUGCUGCAUCAUUGUCAAAUGCAUUGGGAGUUUGCGCGGUUAGACAGUACAGCUUUGAAAUAAGAACGCAUGUACACGUGCUUGUUUUGAUAAGGACGCGUAUAGCUGAAAUAGCUAUUAAAAUAGCUUCGAUUUUGAUGGAAUUAAUCACCCCAUUUCCAUAGAUUAGAUCGACCAACUUUAGAU